AUGUUCGCCCACCCACCCUCAACACCAUUCCGCCAAACAGGCUAUUACACUCCAGCCCGACCAUCCCCCCUAGGCCAACGUAGCACGAACAUCUCCACGCCCCCAUGGAUAAUGUCACCGACGCGAAGUGGCGCGCCUAAACCAAGCGCCAUGGACGAGAACGCGAACACCACCAACGCGAACAAUACAAAUGCAUUCCUCGAUUCCUCACCCAUAACCACUUCCUUCCAACCCUUCAACAUCCAAAGCGAACCAAUAACCCGCCACAAAAACAACCACCAGUCGCCCAUAACCUUCAACGCCCCAACCUCAACCUCCAACACACCUUUCACCUCCAACAACCCCUUCACCUUCCCAGCCAACACAAAUACAUCCCCCUCACCCCUCUCACCAACAACACCAACACGCACAAGCUCAAAACCAAAAUUCGAAGCGCGCUACGCCUCAACCAUCGCCAACCCGCUCAAAAACGCCCCCUCCCUCGCCCGCAGCAAAACGCGCAAAAUGUUCCUGAAUCGCGUGCGCAAUGAGCGUGACAGCGGCCGUUUCGAGGCACGCGGUGAGCAGAUGAUGCGCAUGGAGUGUCUCGCUGAUCGGCGGCGGUGGGAGGAGAGUAUGGCUGCUGAUGGGGAGGUUAUGGGGUUAGAGUUUGAUGGGGAGUUUGAGGGGGAGGGGGAGGAUGAUAUGCUUCCUGACGAAGCUGAUGCAUUGGAUGAAUUCAUUUCUCAAGAGGAGGCGAUGGAGAUGGCGUUGAGGGAGACACAGGGUGUUGCUGCUCCUCUGCUUGGACGGGUCGAUUCGUUGAGGGGGGAUGGGUCUCGUGUUCCGUUUAGUGACGAUGAGUAUGAUGAUAUCUUUAUGGGAUUGUCGGAUUCUCAGUUUGGGAAUGGGCCUCAGGAUAUGGAUAUGUCGUGA